AUGGCGGUGAAGAGUGAUGUGUUGCUGGCAGUUGUGCAGGAGGAGGCGCUGCUGCCGCUAGCAGCCAGGGCGGUGGAUGCUGUGUUGUCAGGAGAUGGUGAUCCCCGGUGCUCAGUCAUGAUGCUCACUGAUGGAACCACCUCCUCCACUGCUCUCUUUCAGGCGACACAGCUGCUGUGUAUCACCGGAGGCGUGGCAGUGUUCUAUGUGUCAGCACCCGCACUCAACUGUAAUGUUACACAAACACAGAUGAACAGAGUGAUCGCCGAAGCACGGAAGGUGCGGCAGGUGUCAUGGUGCGUGACGGUGGUGGUGGUGAGCGACGACCUCACCUUCCUCGCCGCCUUCGCCCAGUGGUCCCUCAAGGGCCGCCUCCUGGUGUGGUCGACGAGACUCCUGGUCCUCACCCGCCUCCCCCUCCACCACCUGCAGGUCCUCCAUGGCCUGCUCUCCAUGACCAACUCAAUGCUGUUCGUUGUGGAAAACGUCUUCGGGAAAUUAAGGUGUGGAAUGUAUGUUCACUGGCCGUACAGCCCUCAGAUACUGAGGGCUGCUUCCUGGUCCUCAGAGUGUGGUCUUACUUUAAACAGUAAUAGCCAACUUUUCCCUGAAAAGUUUUCAAAGUUUGCCCAAAGGCCGACCUUCGUAGUGGCGAUGGACGAGCGUAUAAGUACAACAGCCUUCAUGAAGAAGGAUGAGACCGCGCUUGGCGGGCAGCGUCUCUGGUUCAAGGGUCCUGAAGCAGAAAUAUUGGAUUGGGUCGCAAAGGGAAUGAAUUUCAC